AUGAGUAGGAGAAGGAUUCAAGAGAAGCUGGUCGUAGUUCUGGGCAUGUUCUACUCCUAUGGCACACUCUUCGCAGCGCUGAAGGCAGACACAGGUGAUGCGGCUAGCACCCUGGCACUCGUUGGGUCCAUGCGCGACUUCAUAUUUGGCCUAAGCAACGCCCCAGCCGGGUUCCUCGUGCGUCGUGUGGGCUUCGUGCGGAUGCCGGCCAUCGGGGCUGUCGUACUAUUGGUGGGCAUGCUGGCGGACAGCUUGGCUCCAUCAAGCCAUUUCCUCUUCUUGUCUUGCAGCUUGGUGGGUGGCGUGUCCAUGUCCGCCAUCUUCACGCCAGCUUCCACGGUUCUCUAUGGCCGUGCUGGCCGAAGAUUUCUACCCGUGGCCGUCGGCUUGGCGUCUUCGGGUGCAGGGCUGGGGACCAUCUUGGUCAACCUUGGGCUGGACACGCUGCUGGACACCUACAGCUGGAGGGAAGCUUGGCGGAUCUGCUGCGCGGCCUUCUGUCCAAUGCUUUUAGGCGCCACCCUUGCACUUCGGUGGGGUCUCCGUCAUCAACAGCACGAGGACAACCACUCAAACGCAGAAUAUCAAGAGCUGAAGAGUGGCAGCCCUGUCCGGGACUUCUUCCAGCCAUUCAGGGACUGGCAAUUCGUUCUGCUGAAUAUCGCCUUGCUCUUCUACAGCGUUGGCUUCAUGGUUCCAUACACGCACCUGGUUUAUUAUGCGGAAGCAGAGCGAGGCCUUCAAAUUGCAGGAGAUCUCACAUCUCUUCUCGGCGGAGCUGGCACUCUUGCGCGUCUUUGCUUCGGCUUGUUCUCAGCAUUUGUACCGCCGUCCCGGCUGCUGCUGGCCAUGUUGGCUGUGCAGGGGGCAUCUCUGAUUUGGCUGCCCUUUUGCACAGGCGCUACAGAACUGAAAGCCUUUGCAGCCAUCUACGGCUUCUCUUCUGGGGGCCGAGUUGUUUUGUUGUCACUGGUGCUAAAUGAGCUUUUUGACCCCGAGAGGGUGGCCCACCUGUAUGGCCUCGCUGGGGUGCCGAUCGCUGUUGGCACUCUUCUUGGGCCUUCUCUGGUGGGCAUCGUGUACGACCUGAGUGGUAGCUACCAGAACGCCUUCUUCACAGCAGGGGCAAUCGUUCUGAUGGCGGUGCCAGUCUUUGGCUUCGUGAUCUUGAAGAAGAGUAAGCCGUCUUUGUCUCCCAAGCCCCAGGAGGAGCUCGGGAGCCCGAGCUCAGAUUGCGAGCGUGGCCGUCCACAGUCGUCAGAUUCUUCACCCGCGACACCUUCCAAGUGCAGCCUUUAA